CUCACUCCAAAAACCACCUCCUCACUUAGUUCAAAGUCCCUACUCCAUCAAAUCUCCUAAAAUGGAGCUCCUCCAAAUCCUGCCACUCACCUUCUCCCCACUUCUCCUUACCAUCGCCGCCAUCUUCCUAUUCUCAAUCCUCGUCUCCAAGAAAAAAGCCCAUGCCAACAAAAACGGGCCCAACAAUGGUACCACGCACCACAACCUCCCGCCGGCACCGUGGAAGCUCCCCGUGUUGGGCCACCUCCACCACUUCCUCACCAGCGCCGAGCCGCCCCACCGCCGCCUCCGCCAGCUGGCACGAGCCCACGGCGACGUCAUGCAGCUGGACCUCGGCGAGAUCAGCCACGUCGUCGUAUCGUCGGCCGAGGCGGCGAAGGAAGUGAUGCGGACCCACGACAUCAAGUUCGCGCAGCGGCCGUUCCACCCUCACCAGGCCAAAAUCAUGUACGGCGGCAUCAACCUCAUCCACUCCCCCUACGGCGAGUACUGGCGCCAGCUCCGCCGCAUCGCCACCCUCGAGCUCCUCACCGCCAAGCGCGUCGACUCCCUGCGCCGCGUCAGGGAGCCCGAGGUGCUGGCCAUGGUCAGCACCAUCGCCGACGCGGCCCAGUGUACCUCAGGUGAAGCAGCCACCGUCGACCUGACCAGGGUGUUGUUCGGGCUGUCGUACAGCAUCAUCUCGAAGGCCACGUUCGGCGACGUGUCGGAGGAGCAGGAGGAGUUCAUCGCCAUCGCCGAGGCGCUGGUGAGGCACGGCGGCGGGUUCGGGCUGUCGUUCCUGUUCCCGUCGAGCGGGUUGGUGCAGAGGCUGUUUGGGGUGAAGGAGUGGCUGGACAAGAUGCAUGAGGGCACCGACCGGCUGGCGGAGAGCAUUAUCCGGCAGCAUCGGGAGAAGAGGGCGGUGAGUAGGAAAGCCGAGGAUGAAGAGGAUUUGCUGGAUGUGCUUUUGAAUCUACAGGAAGAUGAGACCACGCUAGGGUUCAACUUGUCCACCGAAGCCAUCAAGGCUUUCCUUCUGGAUAUUUUCUUAGCCGGGAGUGAGACCCCCUCGUCGCUGACCGAAUGGGCGAUGUCGGAGAUGAUAAAGAAUCCAGAAGUACUGCAAAAGGCGCAAAACGAGGUGAGGAAAGUGUUCGGCGAAAAAAAAAGGGUGGAUGAAGCCGGGAUUCGCGACCUGCCCUACUUGAAAAUGGUCAUCAAGGAGACGUUGCGCCUGCACACUCCCGCGCCGCUGGUACUUCCCAGAGAGUGCAGGGAGGAGUGUCGGGUCGGCGGGUUCGACGUCCCUCUGAAGACCACGGUAGUUGUGAAUGCCUGGGCCAUCGCGAGGGAUCCUCGUUACUGGGGGGACGAGGCGGAGAAGUUUUGUCCGGAGAGGUUUUCGAACACCGAAGUCACCUUCAGAGGUGGGGACUUUGAGUUCCUCCCGUUUGGGGCGGGGAGAAGGAUGUGUCCUGGGAUGACGUUCGGGCUGGCGGCAGUGGAGCUUCCCCUCGCCAAUUUGUUGUACCAUUUCGACUGGAAGCUCCCCCAUGGGGUCGAGCCGGCGAAUUUGGAUAUGGAAGAAAUAUUCGGCAUCACUGUGAGGAGAAAGAAUCAUCUGGAACUAAUUCCCGUCCUUCGUAACCCGGUACCCACCGUGUAAUGCGUACGUACGUUGUCACUAGAAACUCAUCAACCAAUGAGACAACUCCGUGACACGUAAAUGUACUUUUUAAGUGUUUUCAAGAAUCUUUUUAUGGUAAUUGUUCUCCGUAAGCUUAAACCUAAAAAUGUGAUUGGAUGAUGUCAUUCACACAUUGUUGGUGUGAAGUACGUGGUUUUUUAGUUUGGUAAGAAUAAAAUGUGUUGUAUCUUUAAAAAAAAAAUAUUAAAGUAGAUUUGAGG